UGGUAAUAAAAGCCAAUAAAAGCUCUUGACUGAUUGAUACUAAAUGAUUGGUUCACUGAUUGCAAGAUAAUUGGUUGUAUUGAGUUUUCCACAAAAUCUACAAGUUGAAGCCGCAAUUAUGAUUGGUUGUUGAGAUUUCAUUAGCAUGAACGUAUAAAAUGUUCAGCAAUUGUCCUGAUCUAUUUUCCGUCUCUAAAUUAUUAUUAUUUAUAGCGUUUGCUAGUCACCAAACUCUACGCAGAACAAUAUUUCCAGUAUUUUGGCGUUACAAUGAAACUGGCGUUUGUAACUGGGUCAAACAAAGGCAUUGGGUAUAGCAUUGUUGAGAAGCUUGCAGAAUUUUAUAAAGCAUCAGGAGAAUGGGAUAUUUAUCUAACAGCUCGAAAUGUUGAGCUUGGUCAGGAAGCGGUGAAUAAGCUCAAUAACAAGGGUCUGAAUGUUAAAUUCCAUCAACUAGAUAUAACGGAUCCGGAUAGUCGAAAAGCAUUUUUAACAUUUAUAGAGAAAACCUAUCCUAAUGGAAUCAACAUUGCAGUGAAUAAUGCUGGGAUUUCCUAUAAACCUUAUUCUACAGCUCCAUUUGGAGAGCAAGCUCGAGUCACCUUAAACACUAAUUUCACUUCGACCAUUGAUUUUACAGAAGAGUUCAUUCCUUUACUAGCUGAAAAUGCCAGAGUCGUCAAUGUAUCUUCUACUCUAUCUUUGGUCAAUUUGAAGAAUCUUAGUGAUGAUCUGUACAAAAGGAUCGUUGGGAAAAUGAAUCUAUCUGAGUUGAAAGAACUUAUGGAGGAAUUUGUAAAGUCUGCUGAGGAUGGUACUUAUUCUGAAAAAGGUUGGCCGUCAAGUGCGUAUGGAGUAUCUAAAGUAGGCCUGACGAAAGCUUCAUAUAUUUUGGGUGAAAUGCUGAAAGAUGACCCGAGAGGCAUUGUGAUAAAUUCGUGUUGUCCUGGUUGGGUUGUCACUGAUAUGACCGACCAGCAGGGAUGGAAGACAACCGAUGAAGGUGCUGAUACACCAUUUUAUUUGGCCACAUUACCAAUUGGCUCAAAAGAACCAGUCAAUCAAUUUGUGUACGAAAGGAAGGUGGUUAAUUGGUGCAAAUGAUUUGAGGAAGUUGCACAGAAUGUGUUAGCUGAAUUUUCUUGUGAACAUUUGUAAUGCUAGAGGCUUGUUUUAAUGUUUGUUAAGCGAUGAAUCAUGAUGUUUCUUAGUCUAGUCUUUCUAUGAAUAGAAGCUGUUUAUACCUAUGGUUUAUAUUCGUAUUCUUACCAUCAUGAUUAUGUGUUCGACUGAACCAUGUUUUAUUAAAAAUAAAUGUUCUUUGGUUUCUUCAA